AUGGUCCGCGAGGAAUUAGUGGAGUCUGCAGUCUCCUUUCUCCAAGACCCAAGCGUUGCCAGCGCUGCGCUCGACAAGCGAAUACAGUUCCUCCAAUCCAAGAACCUCACGCAAGAGGAGAUCGAUGUAUCCUUAGCACGCGCCGGCGAGUCGCCAAGCUCUUCCAAUGCAGUAACACCUUCAAGUUAUACCCCCUCAACUCCCUCAUACCGACAAUCACCACCUCCACCCGGAUAUGGAGCAUACCCGCCAGGAUAUUGGCAACAGCCGCCCCCACCAGAACUCCCCAAGCGCGACUGGCGGGAUUGGUUUAUCAUGGCUACCGUCAUGGGCGGCGUAUCCUACGGUCUUUACUUCACCGCCAAACGCUACAUCAUCCCUCUCAUAGCCCCACCAACUCCCCCCCAAAUCGAACAAGACAAAUCCGCCAUCGACGCCUCCUUCGAAAAAGCCUUCGCGCUCCUCGACCAACUCGCCACCGACACCGCCGCGCUUAAGGCCUCCGAAACAUCCCGCACCGAGCGGCUCGACACCGCGAUCUCGGAGAUGGAAUCCGUCCUCGCGAGCCUGAAGGAGAGCAACAAGCGCCGCGACGACGACGCUAGAAGGACGGAGGACGAGAUUAGGGGACUCAGGGCGCUGAUUCCGAAGGCCAUGGAGGCGCAAAAGGAGAGUCAGGAUGCGAGACUUAAGGAGCUGGGCACGGAGCUGAAGAGCUUGAAGACGUUAGUGGGGAAUAGGGUUGGUGGUGGUGCGGGGGCCGGGGCGCCGAGUACAGGGGCGCCGGCAAGGCCGUAUCAGAGUGUCGGUGCGGGGGUCAAUAUGUUUGGCGCGCAGGGGACGGCGAGCACGAAUAUUAAUGGCAGUCCUGCGGUGGCCGCUUCACCCACUCCUGCGGCGAGUGGAGCGGCUGGUGGAAGCAACGAUGGGCCAGAAGGACAGAGCGGUUCAACUUCGGCAUCCACGCCAUCGCCAGCAGCGGCUCCGGAUAGGGCUCAGAGCUCGAGCCCGUACGGGCGAUUGGCAGGUGGCAGAGCGGCGAUCCCGGCGUGGCAGAUGGCUGCGGCGAAGAAGAGUCAGGCCGAUGCAGCGGCGACGGAAAGAAAGGAUACUUCUGAGAGUGGGACGGUCACCGAGGCCAGUUCCGGUGCUUAG